GCCUAUCAUGAAGGUGCGUCGCUCCUGCAAAGAUGCUCUGCAGAGUCAGUGAAGACAAUUUUGGAUAGCGAGGAAGCUCGGAACAACCGCAUUUCUCUGCAGGCUUACCACCAACAAGUCGAUGUGUUUUGCCAAUCCAGUGACCAUGAAAGGACAAUGGUCAUUGCUUUUGACAAGGGAUCAAAUAGUCCAGCAGAAAUGGCCCUUCUGAAGAAGAGCGCCUAUAAAACAAUGCACCUGCUACCUCUUCCUCAUCAUCCUAUUGAUGCUGACAUGAAAACCACCAGCAGAAAACAGUACUGGGAGGUUAAUUCAUUGUGA